AAGAGGUUGGGCGUGAGAGAGUCGUCCGCUCAGCAGAGAAGCGGGUCUGAGGCCCGGCCCCGCUGCGCCCACGGAGCCCGAUGGCGGCGGCCACGCCGGGGGGCCCGGCCCAGAUACAAGCAGUGAGUCCAGUACAUUCUCAGCAAGACUACCUUCUGGACCUUCCUGUGAAGCCACAGUAGAUGCACGAUUCUGAUUCUGUUGCAGGCAACUCCUCAGGAAUCCAGACAUGGCCUCCUAGGAAGGAGCAAAGCCCCUCCCCAGCCAUCCGAGCCAGGACCUUCCCAUGUGGGUCACCCUUCGCCCGGGCCUAUGGAGCUGUGAGAACUGCGUUGCCCAGAGGACCUUACGCAGAGCGACGUCAGUGUGGAGCCAAUGAAGGUCCAGGAAAGGGGUGUUUGCGUGUGUGCCAUCGCUUCGGGGCGGGACUUCAGGCAUCCACGUGACUGCCCUCUGGCCCGUUUUCUGCACCGCGGCCGGGGAGUGCUGGGUCAGGACCGAGGGGGCCGGACCAAGUUGGCACAAGAGGAGGAGGAGUCCAGACCACACAGAGGCGGGACCGGACCCCUGGGCAGCUCCGGGCUCCACUGCGUCCACAGAGUCCGAUGGCGGCAGCCCUGAGCGGCCCGGCCCAGGGCAGCGUGACCUUUGAGGACGUGGUUGUGUACUUCUCCUGGGAGGAGUGGGGGCUCCUUGAGGAGACUCAGAAAUGCCUGUACCAUGAUGUCAUGCUGGAGAACUUUGCACUCGUGACCUCACCGGGUUGUUGGUAUGGAAUGGAAAAUGAGAAGACAUUUCCUGUGCAGAGUGUUUCUGUGGAACAAUUGUCAGCAUUGGACAAGACUCCAAAUCCAGGUCCACCCGUUCAGAAAACUCACCCCUGUGAGAAGUGUGUCCUGCUCAGGAGAGACAUUUUGUGCGUGGUUGAGUACCAGGGCCCCCAUCCUGGGCUGAAAUCACACACCUGUGAGGCCUGUGGAGACCAUUUCUGGCUCACUCCAAAUUUUCACCAGCACCAGAAGUGCAACGAUGAGAAAUUAUUUGGGACAGACAGGGCCUCAUCAGGGACAAGCUGCAAAUUCCACGUAUCAGAGAAGCCCUUCACCUAUCGGGAAAUUGGGGAGGACUUCCUGGCCAUGCUGAGUCUUCUCCAGCAUCAGGCCACUCUCAGAGGGGCGAGGGCAAAGCCCCACAGCAGCUUCAAGGGUGGUGAGAAUCACAAGUACAGUGACUGUAGCAGAUCCCUCAGCUCUGAAUACAAACUUUUCCAACAUCAGCAAAUUCACACUAGAGGAAGCUACUAUGACUGUGAUGACUGUGACAAACCCUUUAACCAAAGUUCUAUCCUUAGUAAUUGCCAGAAUGCUCGCACAGAAGCCAGGUCCUAUGAGUGCAGUGACUGUGGGAAAUCUUUUAGCCAAAGCUACAACCUGAUUCAACACCACAGAAUUCACAGUGGGGCACGGCCUUAUAAAUGCAGUGAAUGUGGGAAAGCCUUCAGCUUCAAAUUCAGACUCGUUCAGCACCUGCAAAUCCACACCAGAGUAAGGCCGUAUGAGUGUGGGGAGUGUAGAAAAUCCUUUAGCUACAGUUCUACGCUCAUUAAACACCAGAGAGUUCACACCGGAGCCAGGCCUUAUAAGUGUGGUGAAUGUGGGAAUUCCUUCAGCCAAAGCUCCAACCUCAUUCAACACCAGAAAAUUCACAGUGGAGCACGGCCUUAUAAAUGCAGUGAAUGUGGCAAAUCCUUCAGCUACAAAUGCAAACUUGUUCAGCACCUGCGAAUCCACACUGGAGAAAGGCCUUAUGAGUGUGGGGAAUGUGGGAAAUCCUUCAGCCACCGCUCUACUCUCAAUCAGCACCAGAGAAUUCACACUGGAGCCAGACCUUAUAAGUGUGAUGAGUGUGAGAAAUCCUUUAGCCAAAAGUCCAAUCUCAUCCAGCACCGCAGAGUUCACACAGGAGAAAAGCCUUAUGAGUGUGGGGAGUGUGGGAAGUCCUUCAGCCAAAGCUCCCACAUCAUUCAGCACAGAAAGCUUCAUACCAGGUGACCUCGUCAAUGUGACAAGUGUGGGAGGAAUUCCAUAUGAACGAAGACUUCACAACCACUGUACUUUAACAAACAAUGGAAUAGUCCUCAUUUCAUCUAAAGGUCUAACCUUGUUUGGCUCCAGAGUCCAAACAGAGGAGAGGCCACAGUCCUGCAGGGAGCAUGGGAUGUCUUUGUUCAGCAUACAUAAUAGAGCUAGGGCAUCUUUGUGAGGGAGCCGUCUUGCUUGAAGUUGAGCCUCCUGCCUCUUGAACAGCCACAGCGAGGAUCCCCCUUAAGUUCUAGGAUUGUGGGAAUCUUUCAGGAGCCUUUUAUAGGCCAUCUCACCUCUUUACACUUAACAGGUUCUGUCGGCCACCCCUGUAUGAUGAGGGAAGGCAGAUGUCUUGUUCUCUGUCCUGUUCCCUGGAGAACAUUACAAAGUAGUAGCCUUCAGAAUAGCUGCAUUCAGGGCAUGAUCUGCAGUUUGAAAAGAUUUACCAUUUCCCAGUUCUCUGACUUGCAUUGUUGCCCAAGGCCUCCUAGGAGAAAGGAAAAAGCACCACAGGGCUUUGUUGUUCCAAUUUCUGGCCCAGAUACCAGGAUUUCUGUGGACCAAGAGGUAACCUGGAUGAGGGUGUAUUUGUCAUGGCAACCCUCUGGUGCCUCCACAAAUAGAAAGUAGUUUCAUAGGUGCUGAGCACUAUUGUGGGGAUGCUGUUCCCCAGGGUACUGCAAAGGAAUCAUGUGCCUUCAUGUGUGCAGUUUGGGUUUUUUUGGUGUCACUGGUUGUAAGACUACAGGGGCCAGGCUGAAAUCAUAACUUGUGCAGAAACACUGGAUGACAAUGGUGGAGAACGGCAACUAGAGCGGAUGUGGCUCUGUGGAAAGAGUAUGUACAUUUACCUGUGUUCUUCCUGUACUUUAGGCCGUUUUUCAAAAGAAAGCUUUGUUUAUUCUUAGAAUCUGAUUGCUACAUAGACAAGAAAGGAUAGGUGAGAGAGAGGUAGGUCCUCAGGUCCAGGGAUGGAGUGUGUGUGACCCACAAUCACCUUGCUCAUUAAUAGUUCCAAUCCUUGAUGUAGAACACGAGAGACAGAUGGAAUCAAUCUAACCUUCUAUUUGAACGAGUUACGUGUAAACUGCAUGUUUACCAUAUGAGUAGUUUGAAAGCAUCAAAAUUCUGAUAAUGUAAUUUCUUACAUUGUAUCUAUCCUGAGCUCUUUUAGUCUCUCUCUUACCUCACCUGAACUCCAGGCAACUAUGACUUGACUUCUCUCACAGUAACAGAAAAAUCCUAAAAUGUUUGCUUUAUAAAGCUUCAUGCUGUGUAAUUCUUUUUGAGAUUAUGAUUGCUUAUAUGAAUUUUUGUUACUGAAUAAGUGCUGUAUGUAUGAUGUACCACAAUUUGCUUACCCAUUUUUUGAGAAUGUGUGACAGAUGUGUGAUGAAGCCCUAAGACCCCUUUUCCUCCUCCUCUGUGGCUGUUCUUGUCUAACCUAGCCCUCCAGUAGUACUGGAUUAUGUCUGUAUUAUUGGACUGUUUACUUAGAAUCCCAUAUAUCAAUAAAACCAUAAAGUUCCAUAA